GGGGGAUGAUCUGGGCGGCCGCGGGCGGCCCUGGCUAGCGGCCCCUGCCCGUGCUGCGGCCGGCCAGGGCGGCGAAGGUCGCGUGGUGUGGGUCGUCCUCCUCCCCGCCUCUGGGAGGGGCGAGAGGGAGCCGCGGCUGAUGUCAGAAAUACACUCCCGGGAAAUGGCCUCUAAAUCUUGGCUGAAUUUUUUAACCUUCCUCUGUGGAUCAGCAAUAGGAUUUUUUUUAUGUUCUCAAUUAUUCAGUAUUUUGUUGCGAGAACAGGCUGACACCCAGCCUAGUAUGCUUCAUAAUGACCCUCAUGCAAGACAUUCAGAUGACAGUGGACACAGUCACCUCAAAGGACAAAUGAACUUCAAUGCAGAUUCCGGCCAACAUAAAGAUGAGAACACGGACAUUGCUGAGACCCUCUAUCAGAAAGUUAAAAUUCUUUGUUGGGUUAUGACAAGCCCUCAAAAUCUAGAAAAAAAGGCCAAACAUGUCAAAGCUACAUGGGCCCAGCGUUGUAAUAAAGUGUUAUUUAUGAGUUCAGAAGAAAAUCAAGACUUCCCUACUGUGGGGUUGAAAACCAAAGAAGGCAGAGAGCAACUGUAUUGGAAAACAAUUAAAGCUUUUCAGUAUGUGUAUGACCAUUAUUUAGAAGAUGCUGAUUGGUUUAUGAAAGCAGAUGAUGACACAUAUGUUAUACUGGACAACCUGAGAUGGCUUCUAUCAAAGUACAACCCAGAACAACCCAUCUACUUUGGGAGAAGAUUUAAGCCCUAUGUGAAGCAAGGCUACAUGAGUGGAGGAGCAGGAUAUGUCCUAAGCAAAGAAGCCUUGAGAAGAUUUGUUGAUGCAUUUAAAACAGAAAAAUGUACACAUAGUUCCUCCAUUGAAGACUUAGCACUGGGAAAGUGCAUGGAAAUUAUAAAUGUGGAAGCCGGAGAUUCCAGAGAUACGACUGGGAAAGAAACCUUCCACCCAUUUGUACCUGAACACCACUUAAUCAAAGGUUAUCUCCCAAAAACAUUUUGGUACUGGAAUUACAACUAUUACCCUCCCAUAGAGGGUCCUGGUUGCUGUUCUGAUAUCGCAAUUUCUUUUCACUAUGUUGAUUCUACAACUAUGUACGAAUUAGAAUACCUCGUUUAUCAUCUUCGUCCAUAUGGUUAUUUAUAUAGAUAUCAACCUGCCUUACAUGAGAAUAUACUAAAAGAAAUUAAUCAAGCAAACAAAGACGAAGAUACGAAAGUAAAAUUAGGUAACCCUUGAAAGCAGAACCUGAGUGGACUGAGGUUAAAUGCUCGACAUUGCACCGAAGAUCUCCUGCGUUUCUGACAGAACCCUGAAAUCCCAGUGAGGAACUCAUCUGAAGUGAACAUUCCGUAUAGAAAUCUUUCAUAUGGAUGACUAUAAACUGAAGCAUUUAAAGAGCUGUGAAGUCUGCAAAAAUGUUUUGAUACAGUAAUAUAUAAAUAUAAAUAAAUAUAUAUGAAGAAUUUGUGUUUUUAAAACGGUGACAGAUAGAAGAGCUUAGAAGGACUCUGUCCCCUGCCCCUGACAGUGUGUGCUGUUACCACCAACGCUGGAGUGGCUCCGUCUGUAAUCACCAACUGCACCGCACGCUGUCAGCCACAGUGCUGACUAGAUCUGCCUUAAAACUAGAAAGAUGUUCAGUGCUGUUUCUCAACUCAUGUGGAUAUGAUAACAAACCAGCCUUCCAAUUGCUGAAUGAGAAGUUUUCUGUGAUUAUAUUAUUUAUAAUUGGCAGUGUUUCCUCAAGAAGUAAA